AUAAACUGGGACCCAAGACGUGUCAGAGGGGUUUGGUAACGUUGAUUUUAUCAGACGAAACGAGUACCCAUCAUGGCUGCUGUGUGUACUGCCUCCCGUGUCCUCGCCAAAAAGGUGCUGUCAGCCAAGGCGCUUCCGGCAGUAUCCCAGAGCUCCAGGAAGCUCCACUUCUCAGUCUAUGGGAAGAACAACUCUAAAGUAUCAGAUGGCAUGUCCACACAGUACCCUGUGGUAGACCAUGAGUUUGAUGCAGUGGUAGUGGGUGCCGGCGGAGCAGGGCUUCGUGCUGCUUUCGGUCUGUCUGAGGCUGGCUUCAACACAGCUUGUGUCACAAAGCUGUUCCCCACCAGGUCACACACGGUGGCUGCACAGGGUGGGAUCAACGCAGCCCUUGGAAACAUGGAGGGAGAUGAUUGGAGGUGGCACUUCUACGACACGGUGAAGGGAUCUGAUUGGCUGGGAGACCAGGACGCCAUCCACUACAUGACAGAGCAGGCUCCACAUGCUGUGGUGGAGCUGGAGAACUUUGGCAUGCCCUUCAGCCGUACCGAGGAUGGUAAAAUCUACCAGAGGGCUUUUGGAGGCCAGAGUCUGAAGUUUGGCAAGGGAGGCCAGGCCCACCGGUGUUGCUGCGUAGCUGACAGAACUGGCCACUCCCUCCUGCACACACUCUACGGACGAUCUCUGAGGUACGACACCAGCUACUUUGUGGAGUACUUUGCCCUGGACCUGCUGAUGGAGGAUGGAGAAUGCAAGGGAGUAAUUGCUCUCUGUAUGGAGGACGGAUCGAUCCACCGCUUCAGAUCCAAGAACACGGUCAUCGCCACAGGGUAUGUAUUCAGAUCCAAGAACACGGUCAUCGCCACAGGUGGUUAUGGCCGUACCUACUUCAGCUGCACCUCAGCCCACACCAGCACAGGAGACGGUAAUGCCAUGGUGACCCGUGCAGGCCUUCCCUGCCAAGACCUGGAGUUUGUCCAGUUCCACCCUACAGGCAUCUAUGGAGCCGGCUGUCUGAUCACAGAGGGUUGCCGUGGUGAGGGAGGAAUCCUCAUCAACAGUGUGGGUGAGCGCUUCAUGGAACGGUACGCUCCUAACGCCAAGGACCUGGCCUCCAGAGACGUGGUGUCCCGCUCCAUUACCAUCGAGAUUCGAGAGGGCAGGGGAUGUGGCCCAGAGAAGGACCAUGCAUACCUGCAGCUGCACCAUCUCCCCCCACAGCAGCUGGCCACUCGUCUACCCGGCAUCUCUGAGACCGCCAUGAUCUUCGCCGGCGUGGACGUCACCAAAGAGCCCAUCCCCGUCCUGCCCACUGUACACUACAACAUGGGAGGAAUCCCCACCAACUACAGGGGACAGGUCAUCACCCACACAACCGAAGAGGGUGAUAAGGUGGUGCCAGGGCUGUUUGCCUGUGGCGAGGCCGCCUGUGCCAGUGUCCACGGUGCCAACCGUCUGGGAGCCAACUCCCUGCUGGAUCUGGUGGUGUUUGGACGCGCUUGCGCUCACACAAUCGCUGACAUCUGCACUCCAGGAGAGAAGCUCUCCCCCCUGAAGCCCAACGCAGGAGAGGAGUCUGUGGCCAACCUGGACAAGCUGAGGUUUGCUGAUGGCAACAUGAGGACCUCUGAGAUCAGAGUGAACAUGCAGAAGACCAUGCAGAACCACGCUGCUGUGUUCCGUACCGGCAAGGUCCUGAAGGAGGGAUGUGACAAGAUGGACGCCGUCUACCAAACCCUGGACGACAUCAAGACCUUCGACAGAGGUAUUGUGUGGAACACUGACCUGGUGGAGACCCUGGAGCUGCAGAACCUUAUGCUGAAUGCUGUGCAGACCAUCAACUCUGCCGAGCAGCGCCAGGAGAGCAGGGGAGCCCACUCCAGAGAGGACUUCAAGGACCGUAUGGAUGAGCUGGACUACGCCAAGCCUCUGGCGGGACAGGUCAAGAAGCCCAUUGAAGAGCACUGGAGGAAACACACCCUGUCUACUGUGGAUCCGAAGACCGGGAAGGUAACUCUGACAUACAGACCUGUUAUUGAUAACUCACUGGAUGCAGAGGACUGUGCUGCUAUCCCUCCCGCCAUCCGUUCCUAUUAAGCACCAUAUACCGAUCCAAUGCAGACUUUUAUUUUAUUAUCAUUUUAUUCAUGAUCAGAAUGGAUGCUUUUGCAGUUAUCAUUUAUAUGAAGUUUCAACCGGAUUUUCCCUUUGCUCAUAAAUACUAUAUGUGGAAUAUUUCAUAUGUUCAAUAAUAAACUGAAACUUAUUGUAACCUUCAGAGAAUUGUGCAAAAUGGAGUGUUUUGUGUGUACUUUCAACUUUCACCACAUUUGCUAUAGUUCUUAUAGGCAAAUAAAUACAUAUUUAAUAUUUAAAUAUUGAAUGAUUCUAGAAAUCUGUGUAAAAAGAAAAGCAUAAUCACCAUGAGGGGGGGUGGGGUGAACCAUGUUUAAGAUAUCCACACACAAUGCCAAUACAAUACUCAAUUUGUUCAUUCUGUCCUUUGCUCAACUGUAUGUAAAGUUCUGUUCACCUUGCAUGCUUAAUGUGCUGUUGAUUUUAUCUCAAUAAAGAUGCUCAAAUAAC